GGACCUGUCAAGGUCGGCUGGGAGGUGUGGGUUGGAUUUGUGGCGGGCGUGGUGCCCUUUGCCAUCGCCUCGUUCGAGUUUGGAAAGCGAAUCCUCAUCCAGCGGCGCUGCCCCGCCUGCCGAGGCCGAGGCCUGGUGCAGCGCGGCCGCUACCUGCGCAAGUGCGCGGAGUGCGGCGGCAUGCUGCCGUGGAUGGGCUGGCGCUACUUUCUUUUCGGU